ACCUCGAGGAGCGUCAAAACAUUUAGAGCACAGCAGCCGAGAGAGGAGGAGAGGAGACAAGGAGACAGAGGCGAGCGGCAGCGCGCACAGACGUCCUGGAUGAGCGCAAAGUGUGAGCUUUCAGCACCUGAGGAGAGGACAGCUCCGCUCCGUGUCCUCCUCCAGAAACAAAACUCCGCUCCAGCUUUUUCCUGUCAGUCUGACUGUCUGUCUGCUUCACAAGUCUGGAAGAAGUCUGAUAAAGAUCCGCUGACGGAGAGAUCCGCGACUGACUGUGUGUCUCAAUAUGUACCAGGGGCAUUUACAGGGGAAAGACUCUAGGGCUGCAGAUAAGACUGUUGCCAUGGUCCUGAAGGAGAUACCAAGUAAGGCGUCAUCAGAAGGGAAGCCCCUCCUCACAGUGACUACCAAGCUGGUGAGUGAGCAACAAGAGAGCCGCCCGCUUUUAAGUCCCUCCAUCGACGAUUUCCUCUGCGAGACCAAGUGUGAUGGGGUUUCCCGCCCAGUGACUUCCAACACAGCCGUUCUGUCUUCAACACUGGACCUGCUGGAUCUCAGUGAACCUGGCGAGAGGAGGAGCAGCAAAGACAAGCGUAGCCCCCUGUCGUCCCGGGUCAACAGCCAGAAGAAGAACAACCCUCACAGGAAGAAGACGGAUGAGACGGAGCUGAUCCAGGUGGAAGUUGAACAGACAGGACAAAACAUGAGGACCCCAGAGAGGGCGUCACUAGACUCAGUUACCAUUGGUUCACCGUUGGAUAAAUGGGAAGAGCUGAACCCAAACCCUGAGAGGAACGGCAACAGGAAAUGGAAGAUGGAAAGACGGCGUUCUUCUAAAAAUUCAUCCAAUGAGUUUCUGUGGUCCAUAGACUGUAAAACCCAAAUAGAGCCAUUGAACAAGAACUCCUCGGAAGCAAAUACCAAAGUGGAGCCAGAAUCUGCUUUAUCCACUCAACUCAACAGGCAGUAUAUUAGUGGAAGACAUGCUCGCCUAUGCAAGGAGCAGCGGUGGGGCAGCGCCCUCCUGUCCAGACAUCAGUCCCUGGAGGAGGAGUUUGAGCGAGCCAAGGCUGCAGUUGAGUCAGAUACCGAGUUCUGGGAUAAGAUGCAGGCUGAGUGGGAAGAGCUCGCUCGGCGGAACUGGCUGACAGAAAAUGAGCAGGCGCAGAUUCCCUCCUCUGUCUCUCCACAUGAGAAGGGUUACUACUUCCACACAGAUAAUCCUUAUAAAGACUUGCCUAACGCAUUUGAAGAGGGACAAAAGAAGUCUCGAGAGGGAGACUUGCAAAACGCUGUGCUUUUUCUGGAAGGAGCCGUCUUGCAGGAUCCCCAAGAUUCAGAGGCUUGGCAAGUGUUGGGAACCACGCAGGCUGAAAAUGAGAAUGAGCAGGCAGCGAUCGUCUCCCUCCAAAGGUGUUUGGAGCUCCACCCAAACAACCUCCCAGCCCUCAUGGCUCUGGCAGUGAGCCUGACCAACACUGGUAUGCGAAAUGAUGCCUCCGAGGCCCUGCUCCGCUGGCUGCGACACAAUCCAAAGUACAAGCACCUGCUGAAGGGCAAGACGCACCUGAUGGGAUCCCCAAACUCCCAACGCAGGCUGUCUACUGCUCCCAACAUGACCAGACCGGACAGCUCCCUGCUACCAGAGGUCAAGGAGCUCUUCCUGGAAGCAGUUCAGCACAACUCUGACAGCAUCGACCCGGAUUUACAGACGGGCCUCGGGGUGCUCUACAACAUCAGCGGGGAGUUCAACAAAGCUGUGGCGGCCUUCAAUACGGCCCUGUCAGUGCGGCCCGAGGACUACUUGUUGUGGAACCGCCUGGGGGCCACACUGGCGAACGGGGACCGGAGUGAGGAGGCGGUGGAGGCUUACACGCGAGCCCUAGAGCUGCAACCGGGGUUCAUCAGGUCCCGCUACAACCUGGGCAUCAGCUGUAUUAACCUGGGGGCACACAGAGAGGCGGCCAGUAACUUCCUGACUGCCUUGAGCCUUCAGAGGAAAACCCGGAGUCGCCAGCAGUCCCACCAGGUGAUGUCUGGAAACAUCUGGGCCGCUCUGAGGAUAGCUUUAUCCAUGAUGGACCAGCCCGAACUCUUCCAGGCUGCAAAUAUUGGCGACCUGGACCUUCUCAUGCGGGCCUUCAACCUAGACGUUUGAGGAAUGGGAGGUAGAGACAAUAGCAUCUCCCCUUUCACUUCCUCUUCAAUUUCUACCCAACAGCCAAAAGCCCAAAGUGCACACAUCAGAAUGGAUUGGAUCUGAUGUUAGAGACAGCAGUGCGUUUUUUUUUAAUGCACGUCAAAAUUAACUGCAGUCGUCAAAGUUGUCAUAUUUUUUCGCCCAAGUACCUUGGAGCAGUUGUGAGGACAGGUUCUUCUCAAGUGCUCGAAGUGACUGCUUUGUGAUGGAUUUGCACUGCAAUUUGUGAUUUCCCUGAAGAGCACAAGGACGGGCAAAGAUUGUACGAGCAAUGCCUUAGAGAACACAUCAAUUAAAAACUGACUCAUCCAGUGGAACAGAGCUGAGCCAGGAGAGACAGGCAGCUUGAGAGUGUCACACAGGAGGAACCCUCACAUGCUGUUUGCAGAGAAAAGAUGAGUUUUGAGGGAGAAAAGAAAAGGUUUCGUUAUCCAAUUACUUUCAAAGACUCAAGACUGCCUCGCCCUCCUGAAGGAUGGAUUUAGUGAGCAAAUGAUAAAGACUUCACCAUACGACCUGGAGCUCCAAAUUCUGUUCCUGGCUUGUUUUCAUCCUCUUUCAAUGGGGAAUAAUGAUACUGCAUGAAUAAGCAUUUUCAUAAAUGGAUUCUUGUUUAAAAUUAACAUACUUUUUAGAAGUUCUCCCCUUAGUGCUUCAGACAAACGGAUAACUUCCUCAACCCAACUGGAAUGUGCAAGCCAGGUUGUAAAGCCUUACUCAAAUGCAUGCGAACAACGAUAUUUUUAUUAAUACUAUUUUUAUGGCAACACAAAAAAAAUCAGUAAGCCAUUUUCAGACUGGUUUUGAUUUCUUUAAAGAACUGCCAUCUUCUGAACUUGAAAGCUUUCUGAGGCAUUAAUUUUUUGUUUUGUUGGGCUCCUAGGCUAGCUUCUCUUUGUUCCCUUUAUGCUGACUGGUUGGAGAAAUACACACUAAAGCUGGGAAACAUUGAUCUUCAUUAGUGUGGACAACAAAACAAAAGUUGUUACAGGUCUAAAAAUAUCUCUUUCAUCUUCUGGUAAGGCUUUUAGUAGCCCUCACAUUUCAUGUACGCAUCUCAUUUUCCCGACUGUAUUAAUUUCAAUACAGUAUAAUAACAUUACAGAUGAUACAUGUUUGGGGUAGUUGAGGUAAUUCCUAAUGCAGUCAUUUGUAUCUUUGCGGCGCCUCCGCAGGCAGCGAAGCUCACACAUUGAAUUAAAUCAGUCUGCCUCAGCUAUCAUGCAUGAUUUAAAUAUUUAUGUAAGCUUGGGCACAUAUUUGUUUCAUCGGCAAAUUUCAACUCACAUGAAAAGUUACCGUGCAUCCACAAAACACAUGAUUGUAUGGAGCCAGUUGUUAUUAUUACGUCCGCCAAGGUUCAGUUGGUUUGUCUGUUUGUCAGCAGGAUUACAGAAAAACAACUGGCCCGAUAUUCAUGAAACUUGGUGGAAGGGUGUAGCAUGGGCCAAGGAAGAACCCAUUAAAAUUUGGAGCGGAUCCGAAUCACAGGGCGGAUACACACAUUAAUUUUGGAAGCAGCCUUGGCGGAUGUCUGCGCUCUCGAGUGCCCUUCUAGUUCCAGAUAAUUCCUUCUUUUAAACAUGCUUUUUUUGGCUUCUCUAGCGUCACUGUUUGCUAGUUUGAAAGUCACUCUGUCAGGUGAACAUCACGCUCCUCGCCGUGCAAGCAAGUGAUAGAUAAUCUGCUGUUCUGUAUAGCUCAGCACUUUGGUGUUUAACAGGUGUGUCCACGGUCUGGGUGUGCUGUAGAGAGAAGGUUUUUAUUCUCAGAUCCUAUGCAAAAUGUCAUGUUUUAUGUUGCCACGUCGUAUUGUCAGUUUGUCCCCGUCUGCCUCGGUGGACCAAAAGGAAGUGGCGAUUCUGUGCUUUGAAAGGACGCUAUCAGGGGGAACCAGAGACCAGCAUGAGGGCCAUUCAUCUUCCAAACUGUACAGCUUUGAUGUCAUGGUCUGUAUGAGAAGAAGUGUUUCAUUAGGAGGCUGGGAGAGAACAAAAACAAGUGUUCUUUUUCAAGAGAGAAACACGGUCGAUACAGAAACAGCAUCCACCUAAAGUGUAGCCUUCAUGUUUUAUAACCCUGUGUUGUAGCGAUAUGACCUUGCACCUGCUGAAGUCACUGACGUACAUCAAGCGUUGCUGUCAGAUAUAUGUGUUCACCUUAGAUGCACAAUCAGAAGUGCACAACAAGCAAACUGCAAAUGUUGUCCAACCAAUCACAUUAAUUAGUUAUCCACUCGUACAUUCAACAUUUCAGGCUGAAACAGAUGAGUAGCUACUGCUGUCAGAUACUUAAAAAAAAUGUUGGCAGAGCGUCUCUGUGGCCAGCCAUGAUGUUUAAUAGAUCAAGGAGGCAGAGGAGCCCAGUGAGACGCAGCACAUAUGUGCAUGCCACUAACAAUCUGCAUCGCAGGGGGGCUGACAGUGGACUGCACAAUGGCAAAGGCAAUGAGGCCAGAGCAGAAGUGCACGCACACAUUUAUUCAGAGAUUUUAUUAUGAUAAAAGAGUUGGCAGUGUUACUGAAAUAAUAUGGGUGAUAUCCAGUAGUUCAGCAGUGAUAUCCUGUUGAAUAUUUUAUUAUCAUUCUAUUACUAAAUAAGUUAUUUUUCAGCCACGCCAGCAGCAUGGCUUUAUAGAUGGAAAUGUUGGUCCACCAUCUCUGGUUCAGACUGAAAUAUCUCAGCAAUUGUUUGAUGGAUUGCCAUGAAAUUUGGUUCAGACAUUCGUGUUCACCAGGGGAUGACUCCCUCUGACUUUGGCGGUCCUCUGAGUUUUGCUCUAGCGUCACCAUUAGGGAAAUGACUAAACAAGGGCUGCCCAACGUGGGAAAUUUGGCCCGCCAUCAGGUUCAAUUUGGCCCGCCAGAUAUAAGCAUUUUUUUUUUUUAUUUUAUUAAAAGGACCGACUUUACUGUCUUUCGGAUAUCAUGUUAGCUUGUCGGGAAAAGGCUAAAUAAUGCUCCAAAGUUAGGCUAAAUUUUG